AUGGCGUCCAACUCCACCGACGGAGUGCACAACUUUGUGCUUUACAACUACAACCCGAGCAAAGCAGCAGCCUUCCUCUUUUUGAUCUUGUUUGGCAUCGCCACCAUUGCUCAUGUCUAUUUCAUGGUCCGGCACCGCACGUGGUACUUUGUGCCGUUUGUCAUCGGUCUCGUUUUUGAAGCUGUCGGCUAUGUUGGCCGUGCCCUAUCGGCCGGCGAGACGCCCAACUGGACCACCGGCCCCUACAUCCUGCAAAGCCUGACCCUCCUGCUCGGCCCCACACUGCUCGCCGCGUCCAUCUACAUGACGCUGGGCCGCCUCGUCCGCUUCCUGCAGGCCGAGCAGUACUCGCCCAUCCGCACGACCUGGCUCACCAAGAUAUUCGUGACCGGUGACGUCCUGUCCUUCCUCACGCAGGGCGGCGGCGGCGGCAUCAUCGCCCAGGCCAAGACAGCCGACAAAGUCAGCCUCGGCGAAAACGUCGUUCUCGGCGGACUCAUUCUCCAGAUUCUGUUCUUUGGCGUCUUCAUGGCGGUCACCAUCGUCGUGCACCGCCGCAUUGCCGGCUUCGCCACGCGGCGCCCGACGUUCUUCUACGCCUUGUACGGCGUCUCGGCCAUGAUCAUGGUGCGGUCCAUUUUUCGCGUCGCCGAGUACGCAGGCGGAUCCGACGGCGCGCUGCAAAAGUCCGAGGUGUACAUUUACGUCUUUGACGCCACGCUGAUGCUCGUCGUGGCCGUCCUGUUUGGCGUCUAUCACCCGAGCAAGGUGAUGGACCCGCACUCCAUCGAGAGGAGCAAGUCGACGCCGCUGUAUGGGAGCAGCAGCUAUCCGCUGCGGGACAGGACCGAGUCGACGGCAGCGUAG